CACUGGAUGAUAUGAUAUCAUCUGAUACUCCCCUUCUUCAAUCAAAUUAAUUCUGCAUGUAUCAUAUUGUUGGUAUAGGAAAUUUAAUUGUUAUUUAAAGUCCUUCGACAAUGGAUCAUUACUACCUCAUUGGAAUAACUAUUCUAGCAGCAUGCGUGGGCUUAUCAGCUGCUGGCACUGUGUGUGAUGACGGCUGGUCACCGUUUAAGACGAGCUGCUACAAGUUCACAACGACAAGGGCCGUGUCCCAGACAUCUGCAGCCUCUGAGUGUAGCAAUCAGGGCUCAUCGCUUCUCAGGCUGUUUGGACAGGAUGAAAUUACGUGGGUCACAAACCAGUUGAAAAGCACGUACCCUACUUCCGGUGUGUGGACGGACCUGAAUGAUAAUCCCACCAAUCCAAUUACAAAGCUGGGUACCAGCGUAUGGAAAUGGGGAAUGUACCAGAUGGCCGACAUGUCAUUAAUUCAAUGGAACCAAUCUCCAGCAAACGAUGGACAGUCAACAUGUGGGAGUGUGAAUGUCCAGGGAAAACUAGCUGACCUCACGUGCCAGGCCAGAGAGGGGUUCGUUUGUAAGGUCGCAACCACCGGGGGUUGUGCUCUUGGCUGGCUGAGCACUGACACUGCUUGCUACUGGAUUGCCAACACAACCGACCCCUCCCAGCUGAAAACCUGGCAAGAUGCCAAGACCUGGUGCUCUCAACAACAGCAGGGGGCGGCCCUGCUAGAGAUAUCUACACAGACCGACGUGGACUUCCUGACCAUGAACCUUCCAUACCAGGCACAAAACACGAAGGUUUACUGGAUCGGUCUGCAAUACAAUAAUGGUCAAUGGGGAUGGUCAUCGGGGGCUCAAGUUCAACAAAACCUUGUCAAUUGGCAGUCUGAACCGGAUAACGUUGCAGGCAUUGAAAACUGUGGAGUUCUGAGGAUGACUGGCAAAUUUAGUGACAGGGAUUGUACAUCCAAUGCCAACUUUGUUUGCUACAAACCACAGUAUAACACGGAUACAGUCGACAACCUGGGCUGUGGCCAAUGGAUUCGGGCAGGCAAGCUGUGUUACGGCUUUAUGUCCACCAAACUUUCAAACACCUGGCAGGGUGCCCGGUCUUACUGUCAGCAAUACGGCGGUGAUCUCGUCAAGGUGGAUUCGUAUGACAAAGUUUCUUGGUUGAACGGGCAGAUGGUAGACCCAGACAACGAUCAUUGGUUCUGGACGGGCCUCAAUGACGUUCAAAAGGAGGGCACAUAUGUUUGGGCUGAUGGAUCACCCGUCAACGCUUCGUAUAUUAAUUGGAACCAGGAGCCGAAUGAUUACAAGGGCUAUGAGGACUGCGCUCUCAUCACUACCACCGGCCAGUAUAACGACAUGACCUGUGCCAAACAGGCAGCCGCUAUAUGUGAGAUUGACAACCUCAGUUCUUGUCCCAACAGUAGCUGGGUGUCCAACGGCGGCAACUGUUACUUGUUCACCCCAUACAGCUCGGCCUCUUCCAUGUUUAUCCAGCAGGAGGCGGCAGCUUUCUGUCAGACAUUCUCCCCGUCCAGCACCCAGAUUGGGGCACUCCUCUCAGUGGACAACAAGGCGGAACACGACUUCAUCAAGCAGCAAGUUACACAGCAAAAGUAUGCAGACAACGUAAUUGGUUGGUGGACCUCUCUCUCGGACAAACAGACUGAAGGCUACUGGAUGUUCAAUUCUGGACCGCUCUUGGACCAGACCCUUGUGGACUGGACCGGAGAGCCCAGCACCAAGCCGGGAGACAACUGUGGUCUGAUCACAUUCGCAGGGGCUUAUCAUGAACGAGAAUGCAACAUGAAAUUGGCCUUUAUAUGUGAAAAAUAUGCAUAUGGUGUCACUGCAGGUUCCGGUAUGACAUCAUGGACCUACAGCGGACUACUUCUCGCCCUAGCUGCCUCAUUGUUGAGCUAUUUGCAAUAACUGGACAUCAACAUCUUGUGUAAAGUUGUGUGAUAAAAAUGUUGUUCUUAUCAAGACAGAGCAAUUGAUGACAAUCUGCAGAUGGGACAUGAAAGUAUCACCAAUUUUGUUGCAGCUGUGCAAUAGUCCUCCAUAUUUAUAUUUAUUUAUUUUCAUGUUAAUAUGUGCUCUUAAAUAAUCAAUGUUGCAAUGGCAAUUUGGGGCAAUCAGAAAUAAUUGGUAUAAUUAAAUUUUAAUUGUCAAAAGAAUGCCAAAAAUGAUUAAAUAUUUUAUGUAUCUUUGAAUGUAAAGGAAUUUUCACAUCAAUUUCUUCAGGAGUUAUAACAAAUACUUUACCCAUGUUCUGAUAGUAACCACAGUUCUUAAUUAGGACACAAUUGGACCCAAAUUCAUAGUUGUUCUUUUCAAACAUAAUGUUCUUUAGAAAUAUUCCAGGUAUGUGAAAAACUUAAAGCACAGUUUAAAUAUUGAUAGUCUCAUUAGGAUGAGGGUGACGUCAAAUUUUGCAGUAACAUUUUGCUUGUCAUGCUUGUACAGCUGUAUCUUUCGCAAUUUAACACAUAAAUCCUAAGCAUUGCUUUUUAAAAUGUCAAAGAUUUGAAAUAUAAAUCAGGCAAGCAAAUGUAUGUCUGAAAGCCUUAAAUUGUGUCAAGGCUUAAAUAUGAUAUCAUCAGUAUGAUUUUGAUUUGACUGCAUGCAUUUAUUUGGAUGUACUAAGGAUGCAAGCCAAUUAUAUACAUUAAUUAUAAUUCAAUUAUUAAGUACUAGUGCAUGUAUAGUGUCCAUUAAAUUGAAGUGUCAGAAACAGUAUUAUUGUUUUAUGCUAAUACUCAUAGAAUUAUUGUGUUAACAUUUAGAAUUUAAUAUAUUGAAGGCUGUUAUUUGUUUAAUA